CACAAAGAAGUUGUAAAGCAAAACACAACCAAAACGGCAAACAACACCAUACAUUGCUCGGUAACAGACUUGAGAAAGAGAAGAAAUGGAGGCCAAGCUGGUUGGGCUACCCAAACAUGAUCAGAGCAUUGCUUCUAGUUUUCUUGGGCAGGCCCGUUCGAGCCGUGCGCACGCUGGUGGUGUAACAGAGGACACUGAGUUGGGCAGGAAAGUCAUUGCCACACAUGAAUCUAACGAGCGUGGGUUUUAUGUCCAGCCUGUUCUGGCCGUCAUCGAUGUCAUAUUCAACCGUGCAAGUGAAGACAUCUUCAAAUUUAAUCAGGGUUCGGUUUCACAAUGGGACAUUGUUGUGCCGGAUGAGGAUGUGGUUGAUCUUCCAGCCAGGGUCAUCACUGCAAUUUCCCUUGAGAUGUACAGUAAGUGCUCGGCUGGUGUAGAUGUGCACGUGAUUGUCAUGGACAUACUACGGCUAGUGAAGCACUACAGCUGGGAAGUGAAGGUUGUACUAGUCUUGGUAUCUUUAAUGAUCACUUUCGGUAAGUUCCGGCUUGUUCUUCAGCAUUACACGACUAAUCCACUCCCAAAAGCAAUUGCUCUUCUUAAGCAAUUGCCCGAAAUACUGGAGCAUCUUCACGAUCUGAAACCAACACUAGAUGCACUCUUUGCUCUUAUUGGGGAAAUUAUCGACACCACCAAGAAACUUGUCGAGUUUUAUGAUCUCCCUGAAGUUAUUGCUGCCGAUGCUAAUGUUCCCACUGUUGCUUAUUGGAGCAUAAGAAGCAUAGUCGUUGCCUCAACUCAAAUGUUCGCCCUCACUGGCUCCUUACCAAUUGAUCUCUUGACGGAGUCCUGGGAGCUGUCAUCCUUGGCUCACAAGCUAAACAACAUCAAAAGGCUUCACCUAGUGGAGUUAAUUGAACGUUGUUUAACAAUCAUGCAGGAGAAAAUAGAUAAUGAAGCUUUCUGGGAGCUUGACCGCAUUUUCACAACACCACACCUCGACAACACUAGAGCUUUGUCUACUUUGUUCCACUACAAGGAUGGCCAACCAGCACUCUAUGAUUGCUACAUAAAGAGAAAGGUUGCCACCGAGGAAUUGAGCAACAAGACUGUAGCCCUAUUCAUUACAGAUCUAGAUUUCAAUCUCCAGCGUGGGCAAGAAUACAAAAUCUUGGAACGAAUGUAUCAGCAAAAGAAGCAUAGCCCAACCAAAAUGGAUAGUCAGAACGAGAUAGUUUGGGUCCCAAUUCUUGACAAUUGGGAUGAAGACAAACUCAAUCUCUUUGAGACACUAAAAAAACAGAUGGAAUGGCACUCGAUUGACCAUCCUUCGGUGGUAUCAACGGUGGUAAGAAGGUACAUCAAAGAGAAGUGGAACUUCAAGAAAAAACCUAUGCUUGUGGUUAUAGACAAACAAGGUUCGAUCGUGCACCAUGAUGCUAUCAACAUGAUAUGCAUUUGGGGAAGCGCUGCCUACCCUUUUACCGUCAACAGAGAAAAAUUGUUGUGGGAGGAGAUGAGCUGGUCAGUUGAACUUCUCCUUGACAACCUCGAGCCUAAUUUGAAUGCCUGGAUUCAAGAGGGAAAACACAUUUGCUUGUAUGGAGGUGAAGACGUGGAGUGGAUCAGGGAUUUCACAAUAGCUGCAAAAAAGGUGGCAAGAGAGGCCGGCAUCAUGCUAGAGUGUGUUUACGUUGGAAAGAGCCAAACUAAGGAGAGACUUGUGACGACCAUUAUUGACACAAUCCAGCAAGAGAAUUUGAGCAGAACUCUUGACCGUAACCUCAUAAGUUACUUCUGGUUAAGGCUGAUGAGAAUGUUGGAAUCCAAGCGACAAUUGACCAAGUUUGACGACACAAGGUAUGACCACAUAAUGGAAGGGAUCACUGUAAUUUUGAGCUACGACUCUAGUGAUUACAGCAAGGGAAGGUGGGCUGUGAUGAGUAAGGAUAUUGGUGAAAUGGUUAGGAGCACAGGGACACAUAUGCUCAAAGCCUUGAAUGAGCACAGACUCUGGAAGCCACGGCAGCAGGAGAUUGGGUUCGUGCCUGCCCUCGAUGAGUACCUCAAGGAGUCUGUCCAGCCCAACGAGCCACACCACUGCACCAGCCUCGUUCUGCCAUCGGGUGGGGCCUUGCCUGAUGUCAUGAAGUGUUGUGAUUGUGGCCGUCUAAUGGAAACAUACACAUUGUUCCGUUGCUGCCUAGAAUGAACUUGACAUGCGAUUUUUUGAAAAAGACCGUGAUUGAUGCAUGAAGUUGCUUAUUAUUAUUACUACAAUAUCUACUAUUAUUGCUCACAAGCAAUUAAAAUAAUGACAAGUAGACCCUAAUAAAGGUCUUCUUCAUCAUCUAUUUUACUUUUUUUUCCCUUUAUUUAAUUGAGAAUAAUUAUAUGUCCAAUGUAAUGUUGAGAUAAAUCCACUUGUUUCUUGAUUCCAA